GGAAGGUGCAACAACAACAGCCGUUUCCUGCGAGCCGCGAGAGGAAAAGAGGAGUGACUUGUACCGUUUUGAAAGCAAGCAGGGACAAUGGCAGACGCCGAGGACGAGAAGCUGCCGUCCGGAUGGGAGAAGCGGAUGAGCCGCAGUUCAAGUAGAGUAUACUACUUUAACCACAUCACCAAUGCCAGCCAAUGGGAGCGUCCGGUGGGGUCAGGUGAUGGGAGUGGCGAGCCAGACAAGGUGCGUUGUUCCCACCUCCUGGUGAAGCAUAGUCAAUCACGUCGCCCGUCCUCCUGGAGGGAGGAGAACAUCACACGCUCCAAAGACGAGGCCCUCGACCUUAUACAAAAGUACAUAGAGCAGAUGAAGUCAGGAGAGGAGGAGUUUGAGGCUCUGGCCUCCCAGUUCAGUGACUGCAGCUCCGCACGCAACGGAGGAGACCUGGGACUGUUCGGCAGAGGUCAGAUGCAGAAGCCGUUUGAGGAUGCGUCCUUUGCUCUGAAGGUGGGAGACAUGAGUGGUCCGGUGUUCACCGACUCUGGAGUUCACAUCAUCCUCCGCACGGGAUAGAGACAAGCUCUGAUACCCCUGAAUACCCCCAUCACCUCCUGAAUACCCCCAUCACACCCUGAAUACCCUCUAAAUACCCCUGAAUACCCUCUGAAUACCCCAUCACCCCUGAAUACCCCCUCCACCCCCAACAUCCAUCAAUACACACAUCCAACCCCUUUUACCACCUCGAAAUACCCCACAAUUAAACCCGCCUACCCCCAGCCACCCCUCAAAUGCUCUUAUCCACCCCCUCCUACCUCCCACCCCCCUUAAAUACCCCCUCUUGUCCUCCCUACUACCCUUAGAAGCCCCCCCCCCCAACCUUCUGUUCUAUAUGCAACUUUACACUGACACCAUCACCACCCCUUUUCCCCUGUACCCAUUGCCAUGACUACGUCAUUGUGUGUGUGAAAAUAAAAGAGACCUGUCGGUAGUGACUGACUGAGCCAACAAGUGUGUGGGUUCACGUGGACCGUUAUCCCUGCUCUAUAGUGUCCCCUCUCUGUGUGUCAAGGCCUCCCCCUGCUCUAUAGUGUCCCCUCUCUGUGUGUCAAGGCCUCCCCCUGCUCUAUAGUGUCCCCUCUCUGUGUGUCAAGGCCUCCCCGUGCUCUAUAGUGUCCCCUCUCUGUGUGUCAAGGCCUCCCCCUGCUCUAUAGUGUCCCCUCUCUGUGUGUCAAGGCCUCCCACUGCUCUAUAGUGUCCCCUCUCUGUGUGUCAAGCAUUAUUCUCCCUCUGUCAAUGAUAACAUGUCAGACCAGUAACCGUGUUCCACACACACUCUCUCAUAGGAGACCGACACAUAGAAGGCUGACCAGUAACCCCAGUGUUCCACACAAACUCUCCCAUAGGAGACCGACACAUAGAAGGCUGACCAGUAACCCCAGUGUUCCACACAUACUCUCCCAUAGGAGACCGACACAUAGAAGGCUGACCAGUAACCCCAGUGUUCCACACACACUCUCUCAUAGGAGACCGACACAUAGAAUGCUGACUCGUGGGAUUAUUUAAAUGUAUACCAACAUCCCUUAUGUGUGGAGAAUAUUCAGGGCACAGUCCACUCUGUCUGCCAUGUUUGUAGUCCCCCCUAUUCCAUUUACUGCUUCACUGUAUCCCCUGUGUUCCAGGGAACUACAAUACCCAGUAUGCAUGUGGGGAAGGGUUUUUGUAAGCUUGAAUCUGCUAAGAGGCACUUCAUAUGACUUGUUCAUCUCCCACCAUUAAAGGACUCUUAUUUUGUAAA